CGCUGCGGCAAGACGGGUCCGGAAGGGAAACAAGGCGGUGCGAAAACGGGUGUGAACUUUGGGCACCGCCGCUGCCCGUAGUAGGCGUCCCCAACAUGGCGGCUCCCCAAGAUGUCCACGUACGGAUCUGUAACCAAGAGAUUGUCAAAUUCGAUCUGGAGGUGAAGGCGCUUAUCCAGGAUAUUCGCGAUUGCUCAGGACCAUUAAGUGCACUUAGUGAACUGAACACUAAAGUGAAAGAGAAGUUUCAACAGUUACGGCACAGAAUACAGGAGCUUGAGCAGUCAGCUAAAGAGCAAGACAAAGAGUCAGAGAAACAAGCUCUGCUCCAGGAAGUGGAGAAUCACCAGAAGCAGAUGCUCAGCAAUCAGACCUCAUGGAGGAAAGCAAAUCUCACUUGCAAAAUUGCCAUCGACAAUCUAGAGAAAGCAGAGCUUCUCCAGGGAGGAGAGCUCUUAAGGCAGAGGAAAACCACCAAAGAGAGCCUGGCCCAGACAUCCAGCACCAUCACAGAGAGCCUCAUGGGGAUCAGCAGGAUGAUGUCCCAGCAGGUCCAGCAGAGCGAGGAAGCCAUGCAGACUCUAGUCAAUUCUUCACGAACUAUCCUGGAUGCAAAUGAAGAGUUUAAGUCCAUGUCGGGGACCAUCCAGCUGGGACGGAAGCUCAUCACAAAAUACAACCGCCGGGAGCUGACAGACAAGCUCCUCAUUUUCCUUGCUCUGGCCCUCUUCCUUGCUACCGUCCUCUACAUCCUGAAGAAGCGGCUCUUUCCAUUCUUGUAAGAUGUGAGAGCCCCCAGGUUUGCCCCUUUGAGCUCCUGUUUCAGGAUCCAUCCACACUCCUGAGCUCUAGCCCAGGAUGCCACACCGAGCCAUGGUCCCCAGUUUGCUGCAGUGGCUGAGCAGGUGGGAUGGAAGCACAGCUCCCAGGUUCCUGCAGGAGGCCGGCAUGUAGAGUGCGAGUUGAGUAGUGGGAGGAGGACUGUCAUCGGGGUGCCCACAGGGACAGGGGCUCUGAGCACCUGAGCCUUGCACGCUCUGGCUGGCCGCUGCAUAUGGCACUUAGAGUCCAGCCUCUCCUCCCCCUCCCAUGUGGCCCUCAAUGCCAGGUCUGGUGGAGGGAAGAGAGAAGAGUGGAGAGGAUGAUGAACACUUACGUCCAUUCCUUGAAUAAACUUGAUUGUAUUUACUAGAAUGAAA